AUGGCCAUAGGAAUCUCCCUUGCCGUAUCCAAUGCGAGAUAUGCGUUAAGUUCGGUACCUAGUGAUAGCGGAGUUGCUGCACAAAGCUGUAAGGUUUCAGAACCGCUCACCAAACACCCGAUCAAAGAUAGAACAAUGGAGCUAGUGGGGAGAAAAUCGCGCAAUCGCGAAGUCGCCACGACAGAUCAAAGCCAAUGA